UAACCAAUCAAUGGACGAAUCUGGAUUGAAUGACAAGGGGCUUGAGGGCGGGCCGGUGAAAGAUUGCCAGAUCCUGGCGGGUUGGACACCCUGUUUCCCGCGAACCGCCAUGAUUUCCCAGUUCUUCAUUCUGUCUUCCAAGGGGGAUCCGCUCAUCUAUAAAGACUUCCGCGGGGACAGUGGUGGUCGUGAUGUGGCAGAGCUCUUCUACCGGAAGCUGACGGGACUGCCUGGAGGCGAGUCCCCGGUUGUCAUGUAUCACGGUGAUCGUCAUUUUAUUCACAUCAGACACAGUGGGCUCUAUUUGGUGGCCACAACCUUAGAAAACGUCUCUCCUUUCAGCCUCUUGGAGCUGCUUUCCCGGUUAGCCACUCUCUUGGGUGACUACUGUGGCUCACUCAAUGAGGGAACCAUUUCACGCAAUGUGGCACUUGUCUACGAACUCCUGGAUGAAGUGCUGGAUUAUGGCUAUGUGCAGACUACAUCCACAGAGAUGCUGAGGAACUUCAUCCAGACUGAAGCUGUGGUCAGCAAGCCCUUCAGCCUCUUUGACCUCAGCAGUGUUGGAUUGUUCGGAGCAGAGACACAGCAGAAUAGAGUGGCCCCAAGCAGCGCAGCCAGCCGCCCCGUCCUGUCCAGUCGUUCUGACCAGAGCCAAAAGAAUGAGGUGUUUUUGGAUGUGGUGGAGAGGCUGUCUGUACUGAUUGCGUCUAAUGGCUCGUUGUUGAAGGUGGAUGUCCAAGGAGAGAUACGGCUCAAGAGCUUCCUUCCCAGCGGUUCUGAGAUAUGCAUUGGCUUGACAGAAGAAUUUUGUGUUGGAAAGUCAGAACUGAGAGGUUAUGGGCCAGGGAUUCGAGUUGAUGAGGUGUCAUUCCAUAGUUCUGUCAAUCUAGAUGAGUUUGAGUCUCAUCGGAUCCUCCGCCUGCAGCCACCUCAGGGCGAGCUGACUGUGAUGAGAUACCAGCUCUCUGAUGACCUCCCCUCACCACUCCCCUUCCGGCUCUUUCCCUCUGUGCAGUGGGACCAAGGCUCAGGCCGGCUCCAGGUUUACCUGAAGUUACGGUGUGACCUGCCCCCAAAGAGCCAAGCUCUCAACAUUCAUCUGCACCUCCCCCUGCCCCGAGGGGUCAUCAGCCUGUCUCAGGAACUGAGCAGUCCAGAUCAGAAGGCAGAGCUGGGAGAAGGAGCCCUUCACUGGGACCUGCCCCGGGUACAAGGAGGCUCUCAGCUCUCCGGCCUUUUCCAGAUGGAUGUCCCUGGCUUGCAGGGACUUCCCAGCCAUGGGCCUUCUCCCUCAGCAUCGCCCUUGGGGCUGGGCCCUGCCAGCCUCUCCUUUGAACUCCCUCGGCACACAUGCUCCGGUCUCCAGGUUCGAUUCCUCAGACUGUCCUUUAGUGCCUGUGGUAAUGCCAAUCCUCACAAGUGGGUUCGACAUCUAAGCCACAGCAACGCCUAUGUAAUUCGGAUUUGAAGCUCCCCAAGCAAGGAUAUGGACAGCAAUGUGAGCAGGCAGUUGAACAGGAAGAGGACAUUUUCUUUGUGGCUUUGGACCUGGACAGGAAGGUCCCAUAGACCUUAUGUGAUUCGGGAGGCUCACAAACUUACAAAUCCAACUUUUAUUCUGAGGAAGUUACUGUACAGUAUCUAAAAAGAAAGUCACUGGGGAAAACAUCUCCUCCUUCCUCCCUCA